AUUUAAUUGGCAACGCUUUAAACUUAUUACUACUAUUCGCUACUUGAAAAGUUAUGUUAUCGAUGCUCAAGCAAAUGUAAAUUAAAAAUUAUUACAAAAAUUUUUAAAGCAAGUAAAAUUCCUUCCAGGGAGGGCAGGGAGCUUAUUUUCUAAUUUUGAAUAAGCCGCAACAAUGAAGCAGUUCUUAGAUCCAACCUAACCUAUAUCUAACCUAUAAUUCUAUAUCUUUUGACUGUGAUUUUAGCCACUUUUACCUUAACCAAACUUAUGCCUAACCAUCGCUUCUAGUUGUAGUUGUUAUAUUUAUAUUGUAUGUUAAAUACGUAUCCAGCGAGUAAAUAGAUAAUCUAUUUCUAUUUUUCACGUGAUAUCUCAAAGAUUGAUGUACUUUGGUGAAUAUGAGCGAAGCCGGCGAAGCGAAAGAGGAGAAACCUCGCGAGUUCGAGUGGAUGGUGAGGCCGUGUAUGAUCUACAAGGAUGAGUAUGACGAUUGCACCGGUGUGAAAGCUCGUUUCCAUCAGUACUUCAUACACGGCGAAACGGUCGACUGCAGCCAGUGGAAGACCGAUUACAAGAACUGCUAUCAGUGGGAGAAGUACAAGUCGGAGGAGGCAUAUAACGAGCUGAUCAAGAGCGAGAAGCAGCGCCGGGCGAGGCGAUUGCACGCGCAUUACCAGAACGACGUCUGGGAGAAGAGGGAGAAACCGCCGGAGAACUGGAACGCCCCGCUGCCCGAGUGGAUGCAGAAGGAGUUCCAGAACUCGUAUCUGCACAUACGGAGCCAGGAGAUUAAGCAGGGCACGGAGGCGUCUUCCCUCGACACGAGGUGCACCAUAUUAUAGCAGCGAAUCUCACGUGUGUGUCUUGAGAUUUUUUUAAGGCGCGUUCGUGAAAAAGCGCUGUGUGUCUCUUUAAUUGUCAUUUGUCAAACGUAAAACGUAAAAAGGAUAAAAUGACGCGAUAAAAUAACGUUGAUCUUCGAGCGUGCCUUAAGCGUAUAAAGCCUGUUGUACAUACAUGUAUUUAUUAUUUAAGCCGAGAGUCACGAGCGUUCAGUAAUAUACAUAUAUAUAUAUAUGUAUGUGAAGUACGUUUUGCAGCAUGUGAAUAAAUAUGCCAUCAUGACGUAA